GUUUAAAAAAGUAGAACAGAAUAGCACAAGUAGAAGUAGAACACUGUAAUUUCCGUUUCUCGAGUUUCCUUUUCGAUCUUCAAACUCGUAGUUAGGCUUAUAGAAAUCCUGUGGGAAAAUAAUGUCUGAUCACGAAGACAAGCACGAGGAAUCGUUGUUGGAGAAGAUAUCAGAGAAGGUCAAAGGCCAUGAUUUAUCUUCCUCCUCCUCGGAUUCCGAUGAUGACAAGCCAUCAGAAUCCUCCAUGAAGGCCAAAGUCUUCCGUCUGUUUGGAAGAGAAAGGCCCGUCCACGACGUUUUCGGUGGAGGCAAACAGGCUGAUAUUUUCCUGUGGAGGAACAAAAAGAUUUCGGCAGGAGCACUAGGUGUUGCAACUGUGAUUUGGGUUUUGUUUGAAUUGCUCGAGUACCACCUUCUCACACUAGUCUGUCACUUGUUGAUACUUGCUCUUGCAUUACUCUUCUUGUGGUCAAAUGCUGCUACCUUCAUCCACAAGUCUCCACCUCGCAUCCCUGAAGUUCAAAUCCCCAAGGACCCAGUUUUAGAGUUUGCCCAAGCGCUUAGGUUUGAGAUUAACCGGGGUUUCGCCGUCCUGCGGGAUAUUGCAUCAGGAAGAGAUCUUAAGAAGUUCCUCUCUGUGAUCGCUGGCUUGUGGGUCUUGUCUAUUGUGGGAAAUUGGUGCAACUUCUUGACACUGUUCUACAUAGUAUUCGUACUACUGCACACCCUGCCUGUUCUGUAUGAGAAGUAUGAAGACAAGGUGGACCAAUUGACCGAGAAAGCAUGGCAUGAGAUCAAGAAGCAGUAUGCAGUGUUUGAUGCAAAAGUACUGAGUAAGAUUCCCAAGAGACCAUUGAAGGAGAAGGAGAAGGAGAAGAAGAAAGAUUAGAUUACCGGUGAAGAUGUUGGUGUUGCUAGGUCCUGACAUACAUCUGCUAGCUGUGUUUGUGAAGGUAGUAUAAAAUAUUGUAUCCAGUAUUAGCUAGAGGCCUGCUUUCAUACCUUUAUUUUCAUAGUCACUGUUCACAAUUUGAUGAAAUAUGUGAUCUCUUUUUAGAUCUUGUUUUUACUACAUACAUGGUGGCCUUUUAUGGGUACAUAUGUUAAUGUAGCAAUAUGUUAUCAUAUUGCAUGUUGUGAAUGAGUGUGUUGUACAUUGGGUUGAAGGUUCUCUCAAAUUAUUCUGGAUACCUUUCUGAAUGA